AUGUGGAGUAUCUGCCACAUAUGCUUUCGCCAUCAGGUGUACCACAACUCGAUUGGUGUGCUUGAGGACGGCCAGUAUUGCUACGUGGGCCCCAAUCGCGUCUUCCGCACCAUCUCGGAGCUCGUGGCGUUUUACACCGCCAUCACCAACGCCCCGCACCUCAAGCUGACAAAGGCAGCCCCAGUUACACAGCACCCUUGA